AUGCGGGCGGGGGGAUACACGGUGCACCAGUCGCUCACCGCCGAGGCGGCCGCGGUGCUCAAGCUCUCGCUGGGCCUGGCGCGCCGCCGCGGCCACGCGCAGGUCACGCCGCUGCACGUCGCCUACACGAUGCUCGGCGGCGCCACGUCGUCGUCCUACUCCCAGGCGUCGCUCUUCGUCAAAGCCGCCUCCACGCCGGCCUACGGCCUCCUCUGGCGCGCCUGCGCCAGGACCCACACGGGCGGCGUUGCCCGCGGCGCGCCGCCGCUGCAGUACCCCUCCCAUCCGGCGCAGUGCCGGGCGCUGGAGCUCUGCUUCAACGUCGCGCUCAACCGGCUCCCCACGGCCAAUGCGGUGGCAGGCUCGCCGUUCUCGUCGCCGUCCUCGUCCUCGGCGUCGUCCACGUCCUUCCCGGCGUCCAUCCUCCACCAGCCCAGCCCGACGCUGUCCAACGCGCUCGUCGCCGCGCUCAAGCGCGCGCAGGCCAGCCAGCGCCGCGGUUGCGUCGAGCUGCAGACCCGGCCGCCGUCGCCGCCCGGCCCGACAUCCACCUCCCCGCAGCAGCAGCAGCAGCCUAUGCUCACGAUCAAGGUCGAGCUGGACCAGCUCAUCAUCUCCAUCCUCGACGACCCCAGCGUGAGCCGAGUGAUGAAGGAGGCCGGCUUCUCCAGCGCCGCCGUCAAGACCAACAUCGAGGAGGAGAGCGCUGCCAUGAUGCCGGCGCCGUUCUUGAACUACCAGCCCGACGUCGAGUUCGAAUCGCCAUGCAAGGAGGACGACGUGAGGGCGAUCCUGGAAGUUAUGUCACGGACGUAUGGGAGAAGAACCAACCCCGUGGUCGUCGGCGACACGGUGUCCGUCGCUGAGGCAUCGGUCGCCGCGUUGAUGAGGCGUCUGGAAGGAGGCGACGUCCCCGACGAGCUCCGCGGCGCGCGCGUCCUCCGGCUCCACCUCUCCCACGUCCACGUCCGGCUCAUGGCCAAGGCCGACGUGGACGCGUGCGUGGCGGACCUGCGCCGCACCAUCGCCGCCACGGCUGCAACAACCAACACCAGAACCGGAGGCCUGGUCAUCUACGUCGGCGACAUGCGCUGGGCUGUCGACGACGACGACGAGGCCCGCGCCCUGGCGGCGUCCGGCGGCUUCAGCCCCGCAGCGCACCUGGCCGCUGAGCUGGCGCGCCUGCUGGGCGAACUCCCCGCCGCCGCCGCGUCAUGCGGCGGGCGCGCCUGGCUGGUGGCAGCCGCGAGCUACGGGACCUACAUGCGGUGCCAGCAGCGGUCGUCCCUGGAGGCUACGUGGGCGCUGCAGCCGGUACCCGUCCCCGCAGGCGCCGGCGCCGGUCUCGGCCUGGCGCUCGGCCCACGCGCCGCAACAAGAAGCGAAACAGUCGGCAAGGUUGCCCAACUUGCUAAGUUUCCACUGCUGGAUUCCUCACCCGGAGAAGAGGAUGGCGUGCCGAUCCUUUGCGACGAAUGCGCCAGGAGCUACGAGACUGAAGCAUCAGCUGCGAGAGCAAAGGCAGAGGGCACCGAUCUUGUGCUUACCUUCUUCCCUGGCUGGCCGCAGGCAGACGAGCCCCAAACGUCACACAAGGAUGAUCUGAUUGAUCUGAAGAGGAAAUGGAGCAGAUUGUGUCGGAGGGUUCACUUGCAACACAGCCAGCCGACUCGCCCGUCCAUUGCAACCACCACCUCCAGCAGUCCGGACCUCUGCUUAAGCUUUGGGACGAGGGAGAUCAAGCACCAGGAUGUGAAGACCACGCUCAGCCUGUUACCUCCGGACUCCGCUCAUCAUCCAUUGAACGAGGAUACCGACGCAAAGCAAGCAAUUGCACAAGAAUCGAUUCCGGUGGUUGAUUCCAGGGACAUGAAGAAUGUUCUGCAGCUGUGGAUCGAUGAGCUGCCGUCCGGUGAUCUCAAGAGGAAGGCUGAGAAUGUCCGGCUGCCGAGGGAAUCCAAGCGCUGGAUGGGCGGUUGCGGCCUUGAUCUGAACCUUAACCUAUGUGCUGGCGACGAGGAAAAUCAGGACGGUGGCUGUACCACCAGCGAAGAUGAGCUCGUUCCAAGCGACUUGACAAAUAAUGGCGAAGGCAGCGGUGAUGUGACCGACAGCCUCGGGAGCCAUUGUUAGGCUGUGGCCUUGGAUCACUGAACGAUGGCUCCAUGGCGGUAGGGACACCGGAGAUGGAGGCAGCUCCACGAGAGGAGGAGGUGGUCGUUGCUUCUCUUGCAACGUUCAAACUUCAGAAUUGGCGGGAAGAUGGGGAUGA